CGACUAUUCUCCUUCACCUCUUCCUAUAUAAAGGCCGCAAGAAUUGAGCAAAAUAUACUCAAACCUCUCUACUUUUCCAAUCUGAUCUUAGAUUUUCCCUCUGUUUAAAAAUUUUCCCACCAUACAAAAGACACAUAAAUAACAUGUAUAAGGUAAUUAAGGAAGACCUAAUUGCAGAGUUCCAGGAAUCCUUCAAUUUCUUUGACAAAGAUGGUGACGGUUGCAUUACAAUAGAAGAAUUGGCAACAGUGAUCAGAUCUUUGGAUCAUAACCCUUCUGAUGAAGAACUUCAGGAUAUGAUCGAUGAAGUGGAUACCAAUGGAAAUGGAACCAUCGAAUUUCCCGAAUUUCUUAAUCUCAUGGCCAAGAAAAUUAAGGAAACUGAUGAAGACGAGGAGAUAAAAGAAGCAUUCAAGGUGUUUGAUAAGGACCAAAAUGGUUAUAUCUCUGCCAGUGAGGUUAGUUGAUUAAUUAGAAGCAAUAUAUAUUUUUACUAAAGGUUUUUUAAUAGAUAGAUCCUUCGGGGAUCCGAAGUAUAUUUCCUAUAAAAUAAUUACAUAUAUUUAUCAUUAAAAUAAAUUUUGUUUACAAAAUUUUGACUUCUUAAAAUUAUACUAUGAUAACUUUGUUUGAACGAAGUACUAUAGUAACUUAAAAUUAUAUUUUUGUAAAUAAAUAUCAUUUCAUUUUAAGGAAAACUCACUUUCUAUUUACUAUAUUAAUGUGUGGUUGAUAAGGUUAAUAAGAAGUCAAACACGAAAGUCGUCUUUCCUACCUAUCUCUUUGACUUAUCAACCGGUUAAACUAUAUAUCGUUCUUAAAUUAAUACAACAGUCAACAUGUCGCAUUUGUCGAGACACAACUUUGACCAUUAAUAUAUACUCCAUCCAUUCCUAUUAAAACUUCCAACUUUCUUUUUUCGUCCGUUCCAAUUAAAACUUCCAAUUUCCUUUUUAGUAAAGAAUUUGUGGUUCACAACAUUUCUUACACAUUUCUCUCUCAUAUGUACAACUCUCCACCACACAAUACUCACUAUCUUAAAUUGUGUGCCAAACCUAUUUGGAAGAUAAAAUAGGAACGGAGGGAGUAUUAAUUAGAUUAAUAAAAAAAAUCAACAAAUUAGAUUUUGAAAAUUUUCUUGAGACAAAUUUUACAAUAUUUUUUUCAUAAAAAAAUAUGAAUACAUUAAUAAAUAAAACGUAGUCAAAGUACAACAUGUGAAUAGUGUAAAAUUCAACAUGAUGCAUUUAUUUAAGAACGGAGGUAGUACUUAGGAAACAAUAUUCUAUUUAAUGGAUUACAAAAUGCGAUGGGUAAGCUAAACCACAUGUCAUUUCCGUUAAUUAUCAUAAAAUGAAUAAUUAUUAAAUGAGCUUUAAGCGUGUAUAUAUGUUUCUAUUCAACCAGCUUGUUCAUUCAUUUUAGCCACAAGUCAUAAUAAUGUAGCUGAAAGUUGUUUAAUGCACUAAGACUUACAGACAAAUGUACACCUAUAUAAAACGGGCUCCAAGUAUUUAAUUCAUUAAUUACAUUUAAUUUAGAACGUUAGUCAAUCCAUUCUUUUUUAGUUAAUAAUGAAAAUGAAACAGUUAAAAAAUAAAAUGUAAUCUUAGCUUCCAAAGUUCAUCUAUGCAUCAAGCAUGGUUGUGUAUCCUUUUUGGUUGUUUAAUUAUUCGUAACGAAAUAAAAAAGAAUAUGUUAACUGUUUAUUUAUCUGUGAUUUUUUCCGUUAAAGUAACUAAUCUUUUGAAUUAACAAAACAAGAAAUUUUGUUAUUAGAACAAAACAAGCAAUAUUCUUGAAACUAUAUUUAUAUUUCGAUCGUUAAAUGAAACUUUUUUAUUGCAUGCAUGCAGUUGAGGCACACGAUGAUAAAUCUUGGAGAAAAACUUACUGAGGAAGAAGUUGAAGAAAUGAUAAGAGAAGCUGAUUUGGACGGUGAUGGUCAAGUAAACUAUGAUGAAUUUGUCACCAUGAUGAUGCAUAUUGGGUAGAGGCCAAUAUUCCAUCAUAUGAUAGUUUCAAGAGUAAAUUCCCUAAAUAGGAGUAAAAAAGUUUUGAAAUUCCAAAAUAGGACUAUCAUAUUUUUUAUUCUCUAAAUAGGAGUACAUUUCUGUCAAGUUUGGCAUUACUGGGCUUUUUAACAUGACAUUUUUUUCCAAGGAAUAAAAACAUGAUACUCCUAUUUUGGAAUUUAAAAGCGUUUUUACUCCUAUUUAGGGCAAUUUCUAUAGUUUCAAUAAUUCCAUUCCUUAUAUUAUACGAGUAGUUUUAAUUUUAUCAAAUACUACUUGUUAAAUUAAUGUUAAUUUCGUUACAAUUUUAAUUUCUGAUUAUGUAAUGUAGUUCUCAAUAUACAUUGUAAUUUUUUAUUUGAGUUAUGUACACUGUUAUAUCUAACGUCUCACCCCUCUGAUCUUUUAUAAAAAUUUAUUACUUCCUCA